AUGCUUGGCUCUGUGCCUCCUCCUUUCUCGUCUUCCCGUCCUUCCUCGCCGUCUUCGUCCUCUUCGUCCUCUUCAUCUUCCUCUUCCGCCCUAGUUCCUGGCGCGUCUUCGGCUCCAGCGUCCUCCUGUCUGUCUGAUUCUCUCGCUCGGACGUCUCACUCUUCUCUUUCACCGACGUGUUCAGCUUCAGAAGUUUUCUCUCACAUCGAACUGACUGAAGACACAGUUCGCCUGGAGUUCCGGCACACAGGUCACCCGCUCUACCAGCUUUUGACCAACCUCAAGAUUUUGACGGAGGGCCGAGACUUUCCUCUGGAACUUCUUUUGAACGCCUUUGAGAAGGCGCGAAGCAGCGAAGACGCUGCAGAGGCAGAAAAAGGCGAGGCCGACACGGAGCGGGACGAGGACGCUCUGUGGCACGCGUCAGAUCAACAGCUCUUCUGGCUUCGGUCGAGGUCUCGGGCAGGGCGAGCCCAAAGCGACGCGGGGCCGGAAGUCGCCUCACAGGAUGAGGCGCGGCUCUCUGUGCCGGCCUCUGCUUCUUCUCGCGGUUCUCCCUCGCCGUCGCCGCACCGGCCUUUCGUAUUCGACAUGGCAAGUCGUGCAGAGAGCGGCGACGCGGAAGCGAGAGAGAAAGAAAGGAGAGAAGAGGAAAACGCGUGGUGGGCGGGACGGGCCAUCGUUUGUGACGUGCUCAACUCCACGUCUUGCGGAGGCGGCGCGACGGUGAUUCUGGACCGGGCACUCUUCACAGCGCGUGUGAUGAAGAUCAAGGCGGCGCUGGCUGAACAGAAGCGGAAGGCGGAAGAGCAAGAAGAAGCGGGAAAGGAGCAACGCGGGGAGGCAGAGACAACGGAGGUGGCGACAGAGAGACCGGAGACGCCGACGCCCUGA